AUGGUGAGACUUACAAGCCGCCCCUUCCUUCACUUGACACCUGAAGUGGUGGAGUUCGAAGCAGAGCAUCCGAUUUAUGCUAAGGUCUUACAGCUAGACUCGGAGGAGGUGACGUUUCGCAGCUUGGAAGGAGGCGAAGGGAAACUGGAUCGUGCCGUCGCCGAAGACCACGUGGUUCGGGCCAGUGAAGUUUCCCAGGCCGGUCAGAUCUCGUUGCUCCGACGACCCGUGUCCGUCAGUUUAGCUGGAGAGGCUCAGUAUGGACAAGUGACCUCGGUCGACCAGAGCAGUGUCACGAUCCGAUCCGGUGGUCAUGAAUUUGUGGCAGCGGCAGCUGCAGUGUCAGUGGUGCCACCAGUGAUUCUUCUGUUGCUUGAAGACGACGUGGAAGAGCUCUUUGACCUGUUUCCAGACGACGAUGACUCGCCCCAAGACGAAUCGGAACGCGGUGCUGAAGUUGGUCGGGCAAACACUACCACACAACACGUGACAAAACGACAGCAAGAGGUCACGGUUGCCAACGGCGACGAUGGCCACGUCCCCUCCAAGCGACAACGAGUUCAAACCGCUAUUGAUCAAGACGCGUUGAUUAUCGCAAAAAUAAGCGACGAACCGGACCUUCUCGAGCGUUUCUUGAUGAUUAGGAAGGAGGCCAACGUCAAAGCGCAGCCGGCGGAGGGUGGUGGUACCAUGCGUACUCACGUGCAGAAGCCAUAA